UCGACCAAUAGGAGGACUGGACGAGGUUGAGGAGGCGGGGCUUGUUGCACAUUGAAGUAGCAGAAUUAACACACAUUUUAAUCAGAUGUUGUGUGGCUGAGAAGAGUGCUGCUCUGGAAAAAUUCCUGCAGUGUUAAACCAAAGCUGAAAACAAUAAAAGGCCUGUGCUGCUGAAAGAGCUCCAUUAUUCCCAUUUUUCUCCAGACUUCUCAAGGGCGCAGUUUACCAAACCACUGCUCAUCAUGGCUCUCGACGGGUGUGGAGUCGUCUGCAAAUAUAUGCUCAUCAUUUUCAACAUCAUCUUUGCUGUGGUGGGGUUUGCUUUUUUGGGCCUUGGCCUGUGGCUCAGAUGCAGCGAGAACACCCGUGGAAUCUUUACAAUAGGUGAACCCGACUCCAGCACUUUUGUCACAGGUGUGACUGUAAUGAUCGCUCUUGGCAUAGUCAUGCUGAUCGUGGUGUUGUUCGGAGACUAUGGCGCCUGCAAUGAAAAAAGAUGUGCUCUGCAAGUGUUCUCUGUUCUGGUCUUCCUUCUGGCCGUAGCUGAAUUUGCUGUCGGAGGACUUGCUUGGUCUAACCGCAUGGAGGCUGGACUGCACCUAGGCAAGUUCUAUGUUAGUUUAUAUGAACGCUACGCGAUGAGCCAGGACCCAGCAAUCGGUGUCAUUCUCACAUUCAUCCAAAACUCACUGCAUUGCUGUGGAAUAACUGGAGUCUCAGUAAUUGAGAUCGGGCAGCAGACCUGCCCUAAACCAUCUGGUUUCAUUGAGCACAUCAAAAUGGAUAGCUGUCCCAUUACCAUUGUAACGGUCUUUGACAGCAGGGCACCACUAGUGAUGGGCAUAUUCAUCGGAACUGGAGCUCUUCUGAUCGUAGCUGUGAUUUGCAGCGGAGUGCUCAGUUCACAGAUUCACCGAGUCUCCUCAUCUCCUCAGUACAUUAUCCUGAGUCCAAGCACUCCCUCCCUGGCGGCCCCUCAGCCGUAUCCUCCGCAUGUCACUGUGUCCAACAACUCCUUCCCUGAUCAGGACCCCGUGGUCUUCACACCCCUGCCUGCGGUCAACAUUCCCUUAGCUCAGGCUUAGGUGGCUUCUCGUCAGAUUUCAGUCUCGCUUCUGCGAUUUAUGCUAUUCCACAAUGCUCGGACGUGACAAACCCUUUGCUUCUCCCAGCAUUAUCACACAUGAUCUUUAUACUCCCUUAGAUAUCGAACAGUUAAAACAUCCCUCCCAGUUUUGGGAAGUCAUUCUCAAAGAAAGGUUAGAACAUAGAACUUCAUUACUUUUUAAGAACAAGAAUUGGGUGCACAAGUUUGAAUUCAUCUGGGAUUUCCUUCAAUUUACCAGGGUCUAAAUUAUACAUAAACACUUCACCUAACAUCUGGUUAGUUAUCCUUUAACACUUUGCAGAGAAACCACACACAUAAGCAAGCUCCUGGCAUGAUUCUGGCUGGAUAUUUGACCAAUCCUCUUAUCAGAAUUGAUACAGCUCAUCUAAAUUGGUUUAUUUCCUGGAAAUAACCUGGUUUGGGAGUACAGUCCAUAAAUUAUGAAAGGGAAUGUGGUCAUGCUUAUUUUUUUCCUGCUUUACCUAUAUCAAAGGCACUUUCAUAUGUUUGGGAUCAUUGACGAAGUAAAAGAAUUAUGUCCAAGUUCAAACCAUCUGACACAAACUGUCUCCCUCAGAGGAAAGGAAAUUAGUAAGGAUGAGCAGGACAAGUCCUGGAACCACCAGGAUGAAAGAGAACCAGUGUCACUUUCCACAGUCUGCUUGUACAGAGAGUGCCGACAAAAUGGUUUUAUGGUCAGAUAAAGCAAAGAUGUAGCUGUUUGGAAUGUUUCAAAGAUUCAAGGGGGCCUUUCGAACCUAAAAACACUGAACCAACUGUACAGCAUAGUGGUGGCAGCAUCAUGCUGUUGGUCUGUUGAGGAAUACAGACUGGAUAGAAAUGUUCCAGCGUCACCUCAAAUCAACAGUUAGCAAGUGGAACCCUAGACAUAGUUGAGUCUAGCAGGACAGCUUUUGGAGAGGUUAAAAGAAAAGCAGGCUAACAUUAGGCAUCUCUAAAGGUCCUGACUUUGAACAUUUAUGGACUAUGCUUAAAGUCCAGUUUGUGCCAGGAAUGUGUUAAUGAACUCUGCCAUUUCUGAUAAGAUUUAUGAAAUAUUUGCAUGUCAAAAGCUUGUUGGUGGCUUCUCUGCAACCUGUUAAGGGACAGUUAACCAGAUAUUGGCGACGUUGUUGGUUUAUAUUUCUGACCCUCUGUGGAUUAGAGAAGAUCCAUAUUAUUUUCAAACUCUUGGAUCCAAUUGGUUUAGGAAUCAAAAAUGAAUGACUGCUGUUUCACAAAUACAGGCAGCAUUCACCUUUAUUUCCCCAAAUCUACAUCUAAAACCUUUUUCUCUUUUUAUCUAACAGAUGUUAAUAUAACAGGUCUAGAUUUUGUCCUUCAAAUGUUUUCUUUGUUGUCACAGAACACGCUCCCAUUUCAGCUUCAUAUAUGCUUUUUUGUGAUUUGUGGGCAAAUCAUCAGCAGCAGGCUUGAAACUUUAUCAUUAAUUCUUAAGUAAUCAGACAGCUGGUUUAAAUUGUGUGAUGUCGCAAAGGUGGAAGCAGGUUGUUCACAGCACCCUGGCCUUUAUGCAUAAAUGUAGGAGCCUGGCAUUAAAAUCCUUCCUGAACAAUCAGAUCUCAGCCACGGUGCAACAAACACAUAAAACAGCUGGACUAAGGCAGAAAAAGGGCUCCCAGAACAUCCACGCCUGUAGGGGGUCUGAUUGAAGCCCGUUUUCGGCCAGUCUUGAGUGUGUUUAGAGCUGGCUAGAUCAGACCACCUAGGAGGGAUGGGUGGGGCCUCCAUCCUUUUGCUGUUCUUUACUUCCCUCCUUCUGUGUCUGCAUGACAGAUUACUGCCCUGGUCUGCGCUGGUUACCUCCUGGAGCAGAUCAAGAAAGCACAUCAGCAGAUCAACACUUACUAUUCGACUGUGUACUAAGAGGGGGGGGGGAGGCAUGUUGACCCUCACCCUCCUCUGCUUCAUCUUCAGUGACCAUCGCUGAGAACUUAAAAGGUACUCCAAACCAGCAAAACAAGCCUGCAGGCUAUCAAUCUGACAAUGCAAACACAAAGAUUUAUCUGCAAACCUUACAAGCAAAACCACACGGAGCCUUUUUUAUAAAACAGGAAUGCAUGGAACCAUGUUAAAUGUUAGCUCUAUUCUUUCUGUUCACAGUUUUUAUGCUUUUAGGUGAGAUUGUUUUAGGUAACUGUUUUAGAACUGAGACACUGAUGAACAUCACUGUCAGAAAUGUAAAAGGUAAAAAGGGAAUCAUGUUGAUGAACUCAAACCUUCAGAAGUUUUGAUUUCAUUGAAGUGAAAUUAUAAAAUCAAACCUUUAAUUUUAGCUGAUCCUUUGUUUGUUAACCUAACCAAUCACAGCAGCAAUUAAGUUUUUGUCAUGUGCAAUGCUGUCGUUUUUGUAUUAAAAACUGCAUUUCUUUUAAGGACCACAGGAUUAGCCAGAACGUUGAAUAAAGUCCUUGGGUAUGUGCCAGCACCUAUGAUCUCAAAAAAAACCAAACAUUUUGAUGGUGUCUGUAAAUCAAAACAGUUACAUUUGUAUAAAUUUAGGUUUUAUGUUUAGAAGCUGAAUGCCUCAUAUUUUUCACAUUGUAUCGUGUAUGCCUGACUACUGCAUUGUAUUAUGUUUAAACUAAAUAUUUUCUUAUGGGUUGUGGCUUUGUAUGUUUCCAUAAAAUAACAGAAGAAUGUGCAUCUGUGAAAGUUCCUUUAUUUGCUUUUCACAUCACUUUUGGGACCUUUAAAAAUAAAUGAAAGUAAAAAUAA